GGCAUGGAAACAUCAAAGCAAAUGAAAUAGCUUCUUACAAAAAUAAUAGUGUCUUAGCUUUUUCAUAUCUAUUGUAAUUGUGGCAAAUUAAUAUUUAACAUCUUUGCCAAUUACUUGAAAAUGGGGAGUCAUAGUUACUUUAUGAUUUUGAUAAUAUGUUUAGUAGCAAUAGUUGGAUCAAGUGAUGCUCAACUACAGUUGGGUUACUAUGGUAAAAGCUGCCCAAAAGCUGAAGAAAUUGUUUUGAAAUAUGUUCAUCAACAUAUUCCUAAUGCACCAUCACUAGCAGCUGCACUCAUCAGACUACAUUUCCAUGACUGCUUUGUUAAGGGGUGUGAUGCGUCGGUGCUUGUGAACACAACAAAAACCAAUCAAGCUGAAAAGGACGCUAUUCCAAAUCUUACACUUCGAGGCUUUGGUUUCAUUGACACUAUAAAGAGCAUUAUUGAAGCUGAAUGUCCUGGCGUUGUUUCUUGUGCUGAUGUAUUGGCUUUGACUGCUAGAGACUCUAUUCAUGCCAUUGGUGGACCUUAUUGGAAUGUUCCAACUGGUCGAAGGGACGGAACCAUCUCUAAAUCAGCAGAUGUUUUUAUCAGUCUUCCUGCUCCAUUUCACAACCUCACCACUCUCCUAACACUCUUUGGCAAUGUUGGACUUGAUGCCAAUGACUUAGUAUUGCUUUCUGGCGCUCAUACAAUUGGUGUUUCUCAUUGCCCAUCAAUUUCAAACAGACUAUAUAAUUUUACCGGCAAGGGUGAUCAAGAUCCGGAUCUUGACAGUGAAUAUGCUACAAAUUUGAAAAAAUUUAAGUGCAAGAAUAUCAAUGAUCAAACCACACUUAUUGAAAUGGACCCCGGAAGUCGCAAUACAUUUGAUCUUGGUUAUUUCAAGCAAGUAGUAAAGAGAAGAGGUUUGUUUCAGUCAGAUGCUGCGUUGCUUAAAAGUUCUACAACAAGAUCAAUUGUUGCACAACAUCUUCAAUCAAAUGAAAAAUUCUUUACUGAAUUUGCUAAGUCUAUGGAGAAAAUGGGCCGAAUUAAUGUUAAGAUUGGGAAUGAAGGAGAAAUUAGGAAGCAUUGUGCAUUUAUAAAUUAAUAACAAAGUACCUUCUUUGCAUAUUAAUUUUUUGGGGAGUUUUGUUAUUUAUUUUAUCUCAAUGUUGUGAUGGUCUUAGCUUUGAAGGUAUCCAAUGAUUUGGUUCUUAUUAUCUUUAUAUGGGAAUAUUGUUAAGUGGUUCCAAAGUUUGAUGGGGUGCAUGGUUUUUUAGAGGAGAAAGUUUCUUGUGGCGCACACAACUUAAUAAAAUAUGGGGGGAAAUUGUCUUGCUCUUUUGUGUGUUCAAAAUGUAUUUGUUUCUAUGAUUAAAAUAUGUGAUAUUUAU